CUAAAAUUCCCAAACUAACCAUAAACAUAUGUUCUUUCCUUUUGUGGGCGCUUCUCUGCUUUCUUCUCUGUCUCUUUCUUUCCAUUUAUAUUUUCGAUCAUAAAACCCAAAUUGAUUUUCCUAGAUCUCGCGCGACCUGUUUUCUCUUAUUUGGAAAAAGGUUGUAAGAAAUGGGAAGGGGUAAGAUCGCGAUCAAGAGGAUUGAUAACGCGACGAGUCGUCAGGUGACUUUCUCCAAGCGAAGGAACGGACUCUUGAAGAAAGCCAAGGAGCUUGCGAUUCUCUGCGACGCUGAGGUUGGUGUCAUCAUCUUCUCCAGCACCGGCAGGCUCUACGAGUUCUCCAGCUCCAGCAUGAAAUCGAUAAUAGAUAGAUACAGCGAGGCCAAAUGUGAAACUAGUUCGGAAAUCAACCCAGCUUUAGAAAUCAAGUUUUGGCAAAAGGAGGCCGCGAUUCUAAAGCGACAGUUACACAACUUGCAAGAAAACCACCGGCAAAUGAUGGGGGAAGAGCUCUCUGGACUAAGUGUGGAAGAUUUACAGAAACUGGAGAAUCAGCUUGAACUGAGCCUUCAUGAUGUACGAAUGAAAAAGGAUCAAAUGUUACUAGAAGAAAUACAAGAGCUUAACCGCGAGGGGAAUCUCUUACACCAAGAGAACUUAGACCUCCACGAGAAAUUAAACCUAAUGCGACAACAGAAUAUGGAGUUACAUAAGAAGGUUUCAGAGGUUGAGGGUGUGAAAAGCUCAGAGAAAAUUUCUCUUCUCACAAAUGGUCUAGGCAUGAGAGAUAACUCGAGCGAACAUGUUCAUCUUCAGCUCAGCCAACCGCUGCAGCAUGAUGAGACUCCUUCAAAAGCUAUCCAACUAAGCUAUUUCUCCUUCAUUUCAUAAUAUAUAAUUCAAUUACAAUUGUAGCAGCUUGCCACUGCAUAAGCAAAAAAAAACAUGAGCAGAUUGUAAUGUUUUCGAUCAAAACACCAGCUUUGUAUUU